AAGGAUUCGUCGAUACUCGCUGCCCUCCUUCGCCCGAGCUCUUGUUGUGAUUUAGCUUCUGUUGAUUUCAAGCUCUGCCGUGUUGGCGGUUCGUUGAAGUUUUGCUUGUUUGAUUGAGUGUGUCCCCUCUCUUCCGGACCCAGCACCAUGAGCAAGGCCUACGAUUACCUCUUCAAGCUCCUGCUGAUUGGUGAUAGCGGUGUCGGCAAGACCUGCAUUCUUUUCCGCUUCUCAGAGGACCAAUUCAACUCGACUUUCAUCUCCACCAUUGGCAUUGACUUCAAGAUCAAGACGAUUGAGCUGGACGACAAAAAAAUCAAGCUCCAAAUAUGGGAUACUGCUGGUCAGGAGCGCUUCCGCACGAUCACCACCGCCUAUUACCGCGGUGCCAUGGGCAUCAUGUUGGUGUAUGACAUUACGGCGGAAAAGUCGUUUGAUAACAUCAAGACUUGGAUUCGCAACAUUGAGCAAAACGCCUCCUCGGACGUGGAGCGCAUGAUCCUUGGCAACAAGUGUGACAUGGAAGACAAGCGCGUGGUCAGCACGGAGCAAGGCGAAAAGCUGGCGGCAGAGUAUGGCGUUCCCUUCUUCGAGACGAGUGCCAAGUCCAAGAUCCAUGUUGAAGAGGCCUUUUUUGCCAUGGCUCGGUCCAUCAAGCAGAAAAUGGACUCGAAGGAGGUCUCCACGCCCCAUGAGCACGAGAAGGACAUUAUCAAGCCCGACAACAAGCCAGAGCCCAAGUCAGGCGGUGGUUGCUGCUAA